AUGGUUAUUCGCGGAUGCGUUAUCCAAACCUGGAUACCACCCACGAUAAUAGCACUUCAGUGCCUUUGUAUGUGGAAUGAGUUUAUUCAGCAUUAUUGGACUCACAUGACACAUUUUGCAGAUGUUCGCACCUCGUUCGAGGCGAAACGGGUACGGUACAAGGUAAUAUUUGAGGCAGGAACUCAAAUUCCAAGAAAUGAGAGCUCUUAUUCCCGCAAUGGCGUCAAAACCGCUACGUGGGGCGAUAACAGUCACCAUCUACAUGAAGGACCUUUGGGCAGAUGUGGCUUACCACGCUUUUUUGCGGCAACAUAA